AGCUCGCCGGGCGCCUCCCGUCCAGGCUGCCCGCUUGGGCGAGCGCAGCCCAUCACGCCCGUGUUUGGGGAGUCAGACUCUGAGCCUGGCGCGGGCGCCCGUGGCUGCCGUGGACCCAGAGCCGCGGAGCUUUGGUUCGAGCCGUAAAGACGUGGGAUGAGGAUCCCGUGACGGGACGCAGGUCUGCCCGGGCACUCGAAGAUAGAACGCGGUGAAAAGUCGAAUUCAUGGUGGUGGAAGCCGAGCCCAUUGUAGGCAAUGUCAGGCGUCCGACCCCCGAUCAUGAACGGGCCCCUGCACCCCCGGCCCCUGGUGGCGCUGCUGGACGGCCGGGACUGCACGGUGGAGAUGCCCAUCCUGAAGGACGUGGCCACGGUGGCCUUCUGUGACGCGCAGUCCACGCAGGAGAUCCACGAGAAGGUGCUGAACGAGGCGGUGGGCGCGCUCAUGUACCACACCAUCACGCUGACCCGGGAGGACCUGGAGAAGUUCAAAGCCCUCCGGAUCAUCGUCCGGAUCGGCAGCGGCUUUGACAACAUCGACAUCAAGUCGGCUGGGGACUUAGGCAUCGCUGUCUGCAAUGUGCCGGCAGCGUCCGUGGAGGAGACGGCCGACUCCACCAUGUGCCACAUCCUCAACCUGUACCGCAGGACCACCUGGCUGCACCAGGCGCUGCGGGAGGGCACUCGCGUCCAGAGCGUCGAGCAGAUCCGGGAAGUGGCUUCCGGAGCCGCCAGGAUCCGUGGGGAGACCUUGGGCAUCAUAGGACUAGGUCGCGUCGGGCAGGCCGUGGCGCUGAGGGCCAAGGCCUUUGGCUUCAACGUGCUCUUCUACGACCCCUACCUGCCGGACGGCACCGAGCGGGCCCUGGGGCUGCAGAGGGUGAGCACCCUGCAGGACCUGCUGUUCCACAGCGACUGCGUGAGCCUGCACUGCGGCCUCAACGAGCACAACCACCACCUGGUCAACGACUUCACCGUCAAGCAGAUGCGACAAGGGGCCUUCCUGGUGAACACAGCCCGUGGGGGCCUGGUGGACGAGAAGGCGCUGGCCCAGGCCCUGAAGGAGGGGCGGAUCCGGGGCGCAGCCCUGGACGUGCACGAGUCGGAGCCCUUCAGCUUCAGCCAAGGCCCCCUGAAGGAUGCCCCCAACCUGAUCUGCACCCCCCACGCGGCCUGGUACAGCGAGCAGGCGUCCAUCGAGAUGCGCGAGGAGGCGGCCCGGGAGAUCCGGAGAGCCAUCACAGGCCGGGUCCCCGACAGCCUGAAGAACUGCGUCAACAAGGACCACCUGGCCGCCGCCGCCCCCUGGGCCAGCCUGGACCCGGCCGUCGUGCACCCCGAGCUCAACGGGGCCGCCUACAGCAGGUACCCCCCGGGCGUGGUGGGCGUGGCUCCCAGUGGCAUCCCGGCUGCCGUGGAAGGCAUUGUCCCCAGCGCCAUGUCCCUGUCCCACGGCCUGCCCCCGGUGUCCCACCCGCCCCACGCCCCUUCUCCCGGCCAAACCGUCAAGCCCGAGGCGGAUAGAGACCAUUCGAGUGACCAGUUGUAGCGCGGGCGGAGCUGCAGCCUCGGUGCCGGGUGCCGGUGGCCGGGCCUCGGACAGGUGCCGGCGGCGGAGGCGCCCUGGGAUGGCGGUGGCACUCCAGAGACUGUCCGGGCGCCCAGCAGCGGGAGGUGGCGCCGGCCUCCCCACGUUGACUAGUCCCGUCCCGAGGGCCCGUGCUGCCCCGUGUUUUGCGUCCUCGUUAAGCAAAAGCAGUUAGUAGUUAAUUCUAUCAUGAAUGUCCUUGUCUGUGUGCAGCCUUUAGAACAUCACCAAGGAUUUGUUUGCUUAGCUGUCACCACCAGGCCGAGGGGCGUCAGCAGCCCUUCGGAUCGCUCCUUCUCUGCGGAACGUGCCGUGCAAGGCAGUUGGCAAACUUCUCAGGACUAUGAAUCCUUCCCGUUUUUCUUUCUACGCCACCGUGCAUUGUUUUUUCUAUCCGCUUGUCUUAUUUUUAGAAUAAUUUAGAGAAACAAAACCAAGGCUGUUUUUCCUAAUUUUGGCAUGAACCCCCGUUCCAAAUGAAGACGGCACCGCGAAAUAGCGGGAGGGAGCACGCAGUGCCCGGCCCUCGGCGCUGCCCCAGGGGUGCGAGGCGCGGCGUCUGGCCUUUGCGGUGCCGUCCUGCUGAUGUGGUAGGCUAGCAGUAUUUUGGUUAAAAUCAUGUUCGUGACUGUAACCAUUUGUAUGAAUUAUUUUAAAGAAAUAAAAGUCCCAGAAAGAGCCGGCACGCCA